GGUCUCCUUGCUCCUUUGCGCGCUUUAAAAGAGAGAUCCGGGCGGUCUCGUUUCAUAGAUUUCCAAACUUCCGACACUCGUCCGAAGCUUUCUUUCUUUCCAAGAAUCCGAUCAGAGGCAGCGAGCGAGAGAUCUCCUCGCUCUCUCUGCCCCUUCUCUCUUUUUCGUUCUCUGCUCUUUGGAUCGGAUCGGAGCUUUUUCUUCGCGUUGAAGAUGGGGUUCGUGUCUUUCGCUGGGAGAGUCCUUUUUGCCUCCGUUUUCCUCCUCUCCGCAUACCAGGAGUUCAAUGAAUUUGGAGUUGAUGGUGGGCCAGCGGCCAAGGCCUUGGGGCCGAAAUUCAACCUUCUCAUGAAACAUGUUUCAACCCAUCUUGGGGUAGUAGUGCCACAUGUUGAGAUGAAACAUGUUGUUUCUGCCACCAUAUUUCUGAAAGGGCUUGGAGGUCUUCUGUUCAUCUUCAGCAGCUCCUUUGGAGCAUAUCUCUUGCUUCUUUACCUGGCAUUUAUUACUCCUGUGGUGUAUGACUUCUACAACUAUGACAUGGAGAGGCCAGAGUUUGUGCAGCUUUUCGUCAAGUUUGCUCAGAAUUUGGCUCUCUUUGGUGCACUACUCUUUUUCCUGGGGAUGAAGAACUCCAUCCCAAAACGGCAGCCCAAGAAGAAGGUUCCCAAAUCAAAAACAAAUUAAGUUGAACGGUUGGUGGUGCAUGCAGUGUAGGUUGGUGGGAGUCAGGUAAUUGUCGGUCUCUACACACAAUGAAGCUACAGCAGCCAUGUCGUCCUUGUUACGUGCUUAAAGUCUAUCAGAUUCCAUUUGGGGGUGCACUGCCCUUUUGAGACGUCGAUGGCGGAUUUAGAUGUUUGUGUUUCUAUUGUAUUAUUAUCUCUGGAGAGGUUUGUUCCAGAGAUUAGCUCUUUCUUUGUUGAAGCACUUGCAUAGUUGAGUUUCUUUCGCAACUUAAUUUAAUUACAGUGUUCAAAUUGUUUUUAUUGACCUGUUUUGUUAUUGACCCUAAUAGCUUCUGUGGAAUGCGCAUCAACACCCACCAAGAUUGAAAGCAAUACCUGAACUUCUAGAUC